AUGCCUGUAGUAAGGAGCGAAGCGGUAGAAUAUGCGCAAAAAAGACUAAUAGCACAGGAAAGAGACUGUUGGUCGAUUCAAUGUGGGAAUACCCGGAAAUCUCCGACAUUAAAUAGAAUGAAUUCCGAUACUGUAAAGCGGCCGUUCAAGGAGAAGGGAAGAGCCGACACCGAAGAGGAAUUAACAGAUAUUCUCAGAUGCGCCCCUGAAGUAAGGGAAUAUGAUAGUGUGCUAACGCAAAAAAAGCUGACGCAGAAGAAAGGGGCGAGUGAGCUCUCAGAGCCAAAAGCUGGAAGAUUUGUUCCAGUACGCCUGGCGCGCAGAAAGACAGUAGGGAUCGGUCAGCAUCUCCUAAGUGUGAUAGCUUUUGCCGUUGCUAAAUGCUCUAUAAGGGUUGGAGUCUUUCGGAUCGGGGAGCUCUGUGAGCGUGCUGAGAAAAGGAGCGAUGCAGGGACAUACGUGGUAAGAUCAAGCAGUUGGGAACGGAUAUCGAUGGUGGUCAGAGCCUGCUCCGUCGCUUUGCUUAUGGCUUGCUUGCUAGCUGACAUGGGGGAGGCUUGCCUGGUCAGAUUCAGAGCAGUAGGUGAGGGGCUACGGUUACGGGACAGAGGCAAUGAAUCAAAUGGUUGCUCCCUCCGAGGUCUCGAUCUCGUUAUCCAAUCUGCGACUCUCCCUAUGGUCGAGUAG